GAAAACGACUGGAACAUGAUUUCUGGAGCAACUAGCGUCUUGGACCCGUUACACUGGGCGACCAGAGAGAUGUCCAGCGAUCCUUACGUCAUGAUCUCGAACAUAAUACCGAUGGUUUUCUGCAUGGAGGCCCGUUUGAAGAAGCUGAAAAACCUGCAGUCGAACGUUGAGCUUUUCCGCAAGAAUUUGUUGAACCAAUUUGACGAAUAUUACGUAAACUUCGAAAAUAAUUUGGUUUAUAGGUUCGCCACGUUCCUGGAUCCCCGUUACAAGGGUACCGUGUUCCGUUUGGAGAAUUCCGUGGAAAAGAUUAAGGAUGAUCUGACGAAAACGUACGGUAACACCAGAAACAAAAUCACGUCCAAAAAGAAGAUGCAAACCGUCGACAAUGCAGAAACUGAGCAUUUGUGGGAAGAGUUGCAAAAAGUUCAAAAGGAGAGGGUCAAUACCGAAUAUUCUUCUCCCUCUUUUACAGAUGAUUUGGAUAGCUAUUUAAACUCGGAAGUAAUUGACAGGAAAUUGAAUCCCAUUACGUGGUAGAACACAAAGGGCAAAGAAAUGAUUCCGGAACUCGUGAAGCCUGCGUUAGAAAAUUUGUGCAUUCCAGCAUUGGCUGCACCCAGCGAACAUUUGUGUUCCAAUAUGGGACAGAUUAUUCUCGAUCGAAGGAUACCAUUGCAACCAAAAUACGUGAAUAUGCUCGCUGUCGUAGGCUGGAACUGAAAUAAAUAAAGUAACGUUAAACACGUAUUAGUUAUUACGUGUUAUUUCAUUAACAAUACGUUUGUUUUUGUCGACGAAGAACAAUGGGAGUCCAAUCGGUGUUACGGACGACGCGUGUUGUAGGUAGCAGUUGUCUUUCUGUUUUCUGCGGUUAAAUUUUUCUUUUUCCACAGGGAUAGAGUUGGCUAUGGAGGCAACAGGUGAAGUAUAGCGUACAAUUUGUUCGCCGUCGAUAAAUCAGUGAAGAUAAAAUGAGUCUAGCCGCCGCGCCGAACCGAGCGUUGCACCUGUUUUAGUUUUUCUUUUUCAAACUACCUGUCAGUAUCCAUUCAACUUCCCUCGUUUGGACCACGGGACGCGACUAAGAAUCCUAAAUCACGAAAGUGUGAUUUGUCGUUCCUGAAAAUAGUUUUAGAUUUUUGAAUCCGUAAGAUGGUUUUUCAAAUUUUGUUUAAAAAGAAAGGUUUGUUUUACAAACGAUAAUCAUUGUGAAACUUCGAAUUGAGAUUCAACAUGAAAGUCGAAGUAUUUACACACCGUGGUGGUUGAUCUCGUUUCGCUAGCUUUCAAGGUGAUUUCCGCUUUAGCUAAAAAAGAGAACAGAUGCUUAUUUUCAUGAUUUUUGUCGCGGAAUUAUGGCCUCUGUAAAAUAAGCAGCGGAAGUUUUGGUCGAACGAGGACCAUCCGUAUUCGACGGCAAGGUGUUAAACAUCGGACGUAAUUGGAAAUCGUGGUCAAAGUUAAUGGCGCGAUUACGCAUCAAGAAGGAUUGCAAUGAAACGUCAGGAUAUGCGGGUAGCAUGAACGUUCCCGCGUAACCGUGCCUACAGCAAUGUAUAUGCACACAUAUGUAUACAUAUAAAGCCAGUUCUUGGAGGUUGGAACGCGCAGCUGAUCGUUUUCCAUUGCCACCUGUACCGUUUGUCUCCUUUUGUGUAUACUUUUCCGUUUCACGGUCUUUUCGAGCAGGCCAAUCGAACAAUCUU